AUGAGGCACCUCUUCAGACAGUGGGUCGGUGGUUUUACCGUCUCGUCGGCGUGUUGCGCUCACGGCAGGCGCAUCGCGCAUCCUUUCGACCAUCUCGCUUGGGUAUGCACCAUGGACAUUGUCAUUCGAGUCGCGGGCGGGUCGGUGGGAGAAGGCGGCGCACACACAAUCCCAUACCGAUUCCUCACAUUUUGCUUCCUUGGAUGGGUAGUCGUAAGGCCAGUCGACAGUGUUUCCGCCUUUCCGCUUGCUCGAGAUGCUGGAUGCGCGGCGCUUGGUGCGCUGGACUCUGGCGGAUCCGGACUCGUGUCACGAUCGGCUUCCACAGUGGCGGAAUGUUCAGAGGAGACCAAGCAGGAAAGGUGGUGGGAAUUGGAUGGUAUGGGAGGCUUUUCCGGAACUUCCGGUUUUCGCCAUUACCAGGGCAUAGUUGGAGCAGAAGCUGUAUUUGAUCUUUGUUAUCCUGCCAAUGCCCAACUUGUGGACGUCGGCUGGGCUCGAUGCACAGACUGGAUUCCUGACAAGCUGUCACUGUUACAAGGGUUGUGGAAUUGGCGACGAUGCGGCCUCUUACCAAAGCGGGGCACCUCCGACGCUCGCGGCAACUCUGACGCCGCGAAAAAGCAGCCUCUUGGCAAACCGGGGCAGCUGACGCCGCGAAAAAGCAGCCUCUCGGCAAAGCGCGGCAACUCUGACGCCGCGAAAAAGCAGCCUCUUGGCAAACCGGGGCAACUCCGACGCCGCGAAAAAGCAGCCUCUUGGCAAACCGCGGCAGCUCUGACGCCGCGAAAACGCAGCCUCUUGGCAAAAAUGUUUAUCCUUUGGCUUUACCUUCUCGACCGCCCAGGAGACAGACCGCGCGUUCGACCUCCAAGCAAACAGUACAAAGCCAACACCCAGCAGGCAGCGCGAAGCCAAGACCAGCGUGAAGCGCGAAGCUGCUAUCGUAAUGGCUACGAAACACGAUUGAUUACAGCUGACCAUCAUCGCUUCCCACCCAAGCAUCGCUUCUCCCUGCUGCUGCGACUCACAUCCGCGCCGAGCGAAUCGAUAUGCGCAUCUCAAAACACCGUCCAGAUGGACGCCACUUCAAUGUCGGCAGUGUUAGGCUCGGGAACGGGAACGGAGGCAUUGGUGAUAAUGGGUGUCAAAGCUGGAAUCUACUAUGCUUGCGCCAACGGAAUUCCACCAUUCCUUCGAAUGGGACAUGACCGUGUUCUCGACUUUGGCGCCAUAGAACCCCCGCUUACACAGAUACCUUCAUUUGUUCCCAGCAAGAGCGCUGGUGUUAUACCAGGAGAUGUCAUACAAAGCAUAGACGCGGCAUCACGACCCAACGGGCUCUGCCUUUCGCGCCUUUAUGACUCUUCUAUUUCGUUCUCCUCCAUCCCCACAAGCACACACCUGACGAAACGUCAAGUUGUGCGUGCAGUUUUCCGGUACGCAGUGCGCUCGAAGUUCGGCAAUGGGGUCAACAGACGCAGCACUCUACAAUUCAUCGACCGACACACUAUCACCCCGAUCAAACCUCAAGGAAGCAGCAGCUAUCGGUUCCAAGCUCAUCAUCUGCUCCUCUGCGGCCUUCUUUCCCUCCCGGGCUUCCUUCUUCGCGCUGACUUGAAUCCAGCUGCGUACGCUGUACACUUCGUUCUCGAUUUCUCAAAGCCCAAGCAACUGGAAACGAAUUGGCAGAGGCCGCUGGUGCCUUGGAUGAUCCCGACGAGCGCCGCCUUCCACAGCACAGGCAUUACAAAACACGGAGCGGGACAAAGAAUUGGUGACAACGCAUACUGGAUACCAUCUCACAAGAAGAGAAACACCCCUCGCAAAAGUCUUAGCGCAAAGCCUCAGCAGCGAGUCAGUGCGGCCGGCGCUAGCUAUGGAAAGUACGGUAGGCAGGAAAGAGACGGGAUCGGGCACAUCGAUCGUAGGCUCAACCCAAUCAUUUUCUCGUGGCUGACAGGAGGCAGAGCCAUGAAAGAGGAUUCGCCCUGUAUGGCUUCGAGCAACGAUACUGCCUCUGAUUCAUCAAGAGUUUCUACCCCGCUGGCGUACGAGUUUUUAGCACUUACAUUCUCAUAUAUGAGAAUCCAUGUUCACCAUUUCAUCAUUUAUGGAGACACCGACUACAACGACUUUGGGGGCAAGGAAAGUUGCAUGAAUGCGCUGACCAAGAAAUUUGGAGUCGGAAACCAGCUGCCAUUGAAGAACUUGGUGAGGCCAGUGACUCGGCAAUGCUCGCGACAUGUCGCACGCACGCACAAGAAUCCUUCGACCGCUAAGUUCAAUCCCGAGGCCUUCCCAAGCUCAGCACCUUUCCCAACAAGAUCCACACAACGACUGUGCCUAGAAGUGUACAUUUCACUGGGAAAUGCCUGCUCUCCGCGGAGAGCCGAAGCCUUCAAAGCUUACGUCCUCAGCGAGCGUGACGCCGCUUCUAUCACCAUCUUCUAUUGCAAAGACACACGCGAGCGCGAGCAACAUAAGCAGAAGCAGGAUUUUGCGUUGCUUCUCGACAUUCUUCCCCCUCGGCGGCCAGAAGCACCAACACUUUACAUGUCGCGGUACGACUGCAGCACGAGGAGAAGGAAUAUUAUAGGAGCUGGGGAAAUUGAUGAAUGUCUCUUUAGGAUGGGUAUGGGGUUGGUCGCCCUCAAACCUCGCGAGGCUCGGGCGCUGCUCUUCGGCGAAUCGCUUGUCAAGUGGCAGUGCUACCGUACACCGAAGCAGGCAGCAGAGACUUAA